CACAUGGCGAGCACAUGGUUUAUUGAAUUUUCUUUCAAUGUUUUUUCGUUGCCGUUGCUAAUUUUCAAAUAUAAUAAAUGGUAAAUAAUGCUUCUUGGUAACAUGUUAGGACUACCAGAAUUAGCAAAAUAUUCAAGUUAUCUGGCGAGUUGAAAUAACCUUUCGUGUGUUGGUUUGCGAACUUGAGCCAUGGCAAAAUAUUCAGUUCGUUGAUUGUGCCCAUUAUCAGGUGAAAGGAGAAUAUCAUCGCGGCUACACGCCCACAUUAAUGUGUUUCAAUACUUGAAUUUAUAAGACGCGUCCUGGUCCGCAUACUUAAUUUAGUUAUUGUUUAUUUACACACUUAAAUGGAAUGUACCCAUAAUGCUUUGUAUUGUUAUUAUAUAUGUAGUUCGUACUGAGUUCUAUCACUUAAAAGCUGAAGCCAACUUUAUACAUUUUUGUACAUGGUGUCAGAUGUGGGAACGUGUGCUUUACAUGAGUCAUGUCAGCACAGCUCAGGCGGUCAGCCAGGAAAAGGAAAAAUUUGCCAAUAGUGGCUGCUGCAUCAGCAAGGAAAAAGGCUAACCAGAGAGUACCUGACACUAUGUCAGUAACUGCACCACAGUUGCCUACAGUUGAUACUGGUACACCAUUCAUACCCAUUACUAGUUCUACUGGUACAUACCCAAUGUUGUUUUCACAGACAGGGGCAGGCAUAUAUACCAGUGCAAGUACAGGGCCAGUCGAUUUGACGAGCACAGCUAAUACCCUUUUAUACUCAAGAGUACCACUACCAGACCAAAGAGUGUGCAACACUGUAACCAGUCAAGAUCCUCCAGAACAUUCCUUAGGUAAUACUAAUGGUGCCUCAAGUUUUACAAUGCCAUUUAGUACUUUUGAUCACCCUAUUCAGAUACCCAGCAUGCAUGCUAAUAUUGCUUUUAAUGUUUCUCAAAGUAUUAGAGAAAAAAUUCAGAAAAGUGAAUUUAUUGAUUUAGGCAUUUUGUUGAUUAACAAUACUCAGCAGGCUACACAAAAGCUUGUUUUUAGAGGGGGUGAAUUUAUUGUGCAAACAGAAAAUAUGCAAAACAAAAUUGGAUCUAUUGACCAAUGGACAUCAGCAUUUAUCAUUUUUGUUAGUGUAUAUUGUACUGUGCAUUCAGGUAGAUUACAAGAUUUACUUAAAUACAUGUCAGUUGUACGUUUGGGUGCAAAAAGAAAUCCAAAUAAUUUAGGUUGCGCAAAACGCUGGAUCCGGCAAGUUCAUGGGCUAUAGUAGAUCCAGAGCUUUGGUUAUUAUAUAUGGCUGAUAGUAUUGGCACACAAAAUUUGGAAGUAGUUUCUUCUGGUUACAAUACAUUUUCUGCUAAUAGAAAUGUGAAUAAAACGUCCAAGUGCUAUGCCUUUAAUUAUAACGGCGAAUGUUUCAAUUCAUUUUGUCAAUAUAGUCAUGCAUGUAUACAAUGUCAUGGUGUUCACUCAGUUAUAAACUGUCAAUUCACACAAAAUAAUUUGCCUUCGCAAAUACGACCAAAUCAACAGCCAGAACGACCCCAGCAGGGAUACCAGAAGAUUUAAACAUAAAUUUCAAACUAUAAUUGGGUCCCUUAUAGAUAGUUCAGUUGCCCAAAGUACCUAAACAACAUAUCAAAGAGGUGUAUUGGCCUUUAAUGAGUUAAGAAAAUUGUUUGGUUUAUAAAAUGUAUGGCCAAUACCUUUGUAUGAAUUGUGCAAUUUUAUAGAUUAUUUGUUUCAAGCGUUACUCGCAUUCCUCUAUUAAGUGUUAUUUAGCAGGGAUAAGUUUUUUCAGUAGAUUGAAUGUCUUGGGCGAUUUUAAAUAAAUUUUAAAAAAAAAUGAUGGAGGGAGUUUACCGGUCAAGGCCAAAAUUAGGGAUUCAAGAUUGCCUAUUACCAAGAAUUACUUCUAUUAAUAGUUAAAUUCUAUUGUUUAUUUGUUCCUCCAGUUAUGCAGUUAAGUUGUUUAAAGGUUGUUUUAAGAUCCUCCAAUCCUAAAUUUCUAGUCGUACAUGUAUGUAGGUGCUAAUGAUUUAGGGAAUAUUUAAACUGAAAAUUUAAGAGAAAAGUUGAUACAAGCUAUGACCUUUAUUUCAAAGGACUUGCCUGACACUAAAAUUGUGUGGUCCCAAAUGUUGCCUCAUUUAAACGGAGAUAUUCUAAAGUGUAGAUACAGCCUAUUACAGGGUUAAUAAGACAGUAGCUAACUAUAUAUUGGAAUCUGGUGGUUAUUGUUUAAUAUGCUAUCCAGACAUUUCUAGGACUGAAAUAUGUAUAAAUCUGAUGGGGUGCAUUUGUCUGUCAUAAGAAAUAACAAUUUUUUUCAAGGUGGUCUUUAGUUUUUCAUGCAUAAAACCAAUGGUCAUGUUUUCCCCUCUACUGAUAUAUAAGUAUGAAAUAUGUUGUUUUGUUUUGUGUUUUUGUCUCAGUGAUAUAAAUACAAUAUUGUUACCUAAGACAAACUAUGUAUAAUUGAUCUUGUGUGUAAAUUUUUACUGUAGAUAUAUACAGUUUUUUACGAUUUAUUGAGCAACUUUACUAGUACAUUUAGUUACAUGUAACUUGAAAGUUUUCUUUGAUUUUUUUGUGGAUGUAUUUGGCUCACAGCUUGGCAGCGAACCUCCAUUAUAUGGCGGUUGACAAUGAAUCAUUAUUCUGUUUCACUGUCAAUCUGGCAUAAUUCGCUGCAUCAAAAACAUUUUGUUUUAUGAAUAGGAUCAUUUACUACAGAUCUAGAUGAACAAUGUAAGGGUUUCGAUCCAUCACCUGUGUUCCAAAUUGUUUUAAUCCUAUCUUCAGUUACCAUUAUCUGUGGUAGUAAUUUAUAUAUAUAUAUAUAUAUAUGACAGUACGGUUGCCAUAAUCAGCAAUAUGCGGGUAACCUCUUUUUUCAGUUAUAUACAACAUGUAUAAAUUAUGAGAAUAAUAAUAUUAAAGGCUGUGGCCAAAUACUGCCAAUUUGUUGUUUGGUCUUACUAAGCAUCUGGGAUAAUAGAAUUUAAGUCCUGUACUUAAAUUCAGUUAUCACGGUGCGCUGUACUAUUACAUUGGUUGGUUAUUAGUGAGUUUAAGAAAACUCAAAUUUCAUUGGUGGUUAGUGAACCAUACAAUUUGACGUCACGAUCCUUUUUUAAUUCGGGUCCAACAGGAGAGGCUGCUUUUAAAAUAACUUGUUGUUAUCAGAGGAAAAUUUUAUUCAAAAUCCCUCCCUCCUCCCAAAAUGUAUAUUUAUUGUAAAUACAAUGUAUUAGAAUAAGAUACUGCCUGUGUUGUAAUUUAUAAUUUCAGGUGAUGUUUCAGUUGUCAAUUGUUUGAACACCUAUAUGUAUUUGGCCAUUGGACAGACAGGACCUGAGAAGAAGUCUAUUGAAGUUAUCAAACCUUCCAACAAAGACUUUGAAUUUAUUAGGCCUGUGAUUUGCAUAAUUCGCUGCAUCAAAAAACAUUUUGUUUUAUGAAUAGGAUCAUUUACUACAGAUCUAGAUGAACAAUGUAAGGGUUUCGAUCCAUCACCUGUGUUCCCACGGUGAUUUCCAAAUUGUUUUAAUCCUAUCUUCAGUUACCAUUAUCUGUGGUAGUAAUUUAUAUAUAUAUAUAUAUAUGACAGUACGGUUGCCAUAAUCAGCAAUAUGCGGGUAACCUCUUUUUUCAGUUAUAUACAACAUGUAUAAAUUAUGAGAAUAAUAAUAUUAAAGGCUGUGGCCAAAUACUGCCAAUUUGUUGUUUGGUCUUACUAAGCAUCUGGG